AUGCCGGAGGCGCCCACGCCCCUGGAGGCUCCCCCCAGGCUGUCCGCCCUGGGAGCCAGUUUCCCAGCAGACAGGGGGCUGGAGGCCCCUAGGCGCGGAGGCCCGGGGCCUGUUCUGGGACGCGAGCCCGAGCCCACCAACCAUGCCCUGCAGGCUGCGGUGGACUUCGACCUGCAGGAUUUCGGGGUCACCGUGGAGGAGCUCAUUGCAGGGUCUGGGUUGCGCGCGCGCAGGGCGCACCCACGAGGCCGAGCGCGGGGCCCCGCCGCUCAGAGCUCCGACCUCCCCGCGCAGCUGCACGCGACCCUGACCCAGAAGCAGGAGGAGAUCGCGUCGCUCCGGGAGCGCAACGUGCGGCUGAAGGAGCUCGCCAGUCGGACCCGGCACCUGGCCUCGGUGCUGGACAAGCUGAUGGUCACGCAGGCCCGGGAUUGCGACGCGGCAGCCGAGCCCCGCCCGCUCAGAGCCACCGCCAAAAGGAGCCUGGAGGACCUGCUGGGCGCUGGGGGGCAGGACUGCGCGCAGGUGGACGCCAUCCUGAAGGACAUUUCCCAGCGCUGCGACGAAGCGCUCCAGCGCCGCAACCCCAAGACCGACUGCAGCCCGAGCGCGCUGCGCCUGGGCCCCGGGGAGCUGGAGGCCGGCGGCUCCUUCUGCACCCCCAUCCGCAGCCACAGCACCAUCCGCACCCUGGCUUUCCCCCAGGGCAACGCCUUCACCAUCCGGACGGCCAGCGGGGGGUACAAAUUCCGCUGGGUCCCGAGCUGA